GCGGCAGCCGGCGGCAUGAGGCGCGACCCGGCGCCCGGCUUCUCCAUGCUGCUCUUCGGCGUCUCCCUCGCCUGCUACUCGCCCAGCCUCAAGUCGGUGCAGGACCAGGCGUACACGGCGGCGGUGGUGCUGGAGGGCAAGGUGCAGUCCGUGGGCCCCCCCGCCGGCGGCAAUGACAGCCGCGGCGCCGGGCCCGCCGGGGGUGUCCUGGUCAAGGUGCUCGACCUGUGGCCCCUCAACAGCGGGGGGCUGCAGCGGGAGCAGCUCAUCAACGUGGGCUCCAAGGCGCCCUGCUUCAAAGUGAAGCGCAACCACCGCUACAUCUUCUUCCUGGAGCCCACCGAGGAGCCGCUCGUCUUCCGCACCGCCUUCGCUCCGCUCGACACCAGCGCCAAGAACCUCAAGCGGGACGUGGCGCGGAUCCUCUGCGCCGACUGCGCUGCUCCUCCCAAACUGAAGAAACUGAAAAGCCCAAAUGUUCACGUGGGUGAGAAGAUUUCCCUGAAAUGUGAGGCGACUGCUGGGAACCCUCAGCCAUCCUACAAAUGGUUUAAGGAUGGGAAGGAGCUGAAGAAGAGCAAAGACAUCCGGAUCAAGUAUGGGAAUGGGAAAAAGAUUUCCAGACUGCAGUUCAACAAGGUGAAGCUUGAAGAUGCUGGGGAGUACAGCUGCGAAGCCGAGAACAUUUUAGGGAAAGACACCGCAAAAGGCAGCCUGAAUGUGAAAAGUGUAACCACAACUCUCUCCUCCUGGUCCGGGCAUGCCAGAAAAUGCAACGAAACAGCCAAGUCCUAUUGUGUCAAUGGAGGGGUGUGCUACUACAUCGAGGGCAUUAAUCAGCUGUCGUGCAAGUGUCCGAUCGAAUUCACAGGAGACCGGUGUCAGCAUUUCGCAAUGGUCAGCUUCUCCAAGCAUCUUGGAUUUGAAUUAAAGGAAGCAGAGGAGCUCUACCAGAAGAGGGUUUUAACCAUCACGGGAAUCUGUGUUGCCUUGCUUGUGGUGGGCAUCGUCUGUGUGGUAGCUUACUGUAAAACCAAGAAACAAAGAAAACAAAUGCAUAACCACUUGCGGCAGAACAUGUGUCCUGCUCAUCAAAACCGGAGCCUUGCGAACGGGCCAAGCCAUCCACGUUUGGAUCCUGAGGAAAUCCAAAUGGCUGAUUAUAUUUCUAAGAAUGUUUCUGCCACUGAGCACGUGAUCCGAAGGGAAACAGAGACAACCUUCUCGGGAAGUCACUCCUGCUCCCCGUCCCAUCACUGCUCCACAGCCACUCCAACCUCCAGCCAGAGACAUGAAAGCCACACCUGGAGCUUGGAGCGAACUGAGAGCCUGACUUCAGAUUCCCAGUCUGGGAUAAUGCUGUCCUCGGUGGGAACCAGCAAAUGCAACAGCCCCGCGUGCGUGGAGGCGCGGGCGCGGCGCGGGGCCACCUUCUGCAUGGAGGAGCAGCGGCGGCCCACGACGCAGUACCGCGACUCCGUGGACUCCCUGCGCGACUCGCCCCACAGCGAGAGGUACGUGUCGGCCCUGACCACACCAGCACGCCUGUCUCCCGUUGACUUCCACUACUCGAUGACCACGCAGGUGCCCACCUUCGAGAUCACGUCCCCCAACUCGGCGCACGCCGUGUCCCUGCCGCCGGCGGCCCCCAUCAGCUUCCGCGUGGAGGAGCAGCAGCCCCUCCUGCGGCGGUACCAGCUCCCCUUCCAGGACACGCAGAGGUACGACAGCUACUACCAAAGGAAGACCUACCUAAACGACAGCAUGGGGAGCCUGCCCUCCAGCCCCUUCCGCAUCACGGAGGACGACGAGUACGAGACGACGCAGGAGUACGUCACAGCGCUAGAGCAGCCAAAGAAAACAGCCAGCAGCAACAGGCGGUGGAAAAAAUCCAAACUGAACGGGCACAUCCCUCACAGAGCCAGAGCCGUGCGGGACUCGUUCUCCUUGAGCAGCGCCUCUUACAGCGAGUCUGACGAGGAGCUGGUGGCCGAGAGCACGCCGUUCCUAAGCACUCAGAACAAUGAGGCGGCGCACGCGGAGUCGCCGCCGCUGCACCGGCCGGGCGACAGCCGGACUCACUACUCGUGCCGCGGGCACAGCGCGCACGGCGACGGCGGCCGCGGCAGCCUGGCGCACGUGGCGCCCAAAGCGGACCCCGACCCUCUCUAGGCACCUCCCGCGCACGGGCGACCCACGUGGAGCAGGCCGAGGGCGAGACAAAACCACGCAAACCGCAGAACGAGACAAAACAGAACAAAAAAAAAAAAAACAAACAAAAAAAUAAAUAUUUUUAUUUUAUAUAAAAGAGGGAAAAACAAAAAAUAUAACAAAUAAAAAUGUUUUAUUUUCAUUUUAGCAAAGUUGUCUUAUAAUAGCUAAUGACAAUGACUUUUUUAUAGGGAAUCUCUAUUUAUAUGUAAUGUCUUGAUUUACAGCUUCCGAGAAAAAAAA